GUUUCCUCGACAAUUGCAGCACCGAUUUUCUCAGUACAGAUUCGGUCACCAGCCUGACUUGUUCGCCAAAAAGAAGACGAAGAAAAAAAAAGAAUGUCCGAGUACCUGAAGGACCUCGAGUCGCUCUUGCACAAAAGCCUCGGCGAUGACACGAUCGUCGAGAGAUACGUCACCGGAGAGUUGCUACCCCCGGGUGAGAAUUACGGUAGCAAACUACUGAGUGUUCACGCAGUGAUAAAACGAAGCGAUAAAGAAGAUCCGGAAGACCUCUACCUGGUGGCGAAACUCCCAGCACCCACGCAAUUGCAGCGUGACAUGUUCGACACUCCGUUCACAUUCCAGAAGGAGAUCUUCAUGUACUCGGAUAUUUUGCCGUUCUACGAACAGCUGGAGAAGGCCAAUGGAGUGAAUGAACCCGAAAUCAGUCCCCGUUACUACGGUUCAAGGCUCUCCCUGAGCUCUGACGUUGAUUUCGACGACGACGCAGCCAUUCUCCUGGAUAACUUGACGCCAAAGGGUUAUUAUUCUACAGACAAACGACGGGGUUGUGACCUGGUGCACGCCAAGCUCAUUAUCAAGGCGAUGGCGAGAUUUCACGCCCUGGGAAUGGCAACGAAAGAGAAGGACCCGGAGUUCUUUGGGGUCCUGAAGAAGCGGUCGAAGUGCCUCGACGGUAAAAAUGGCGAUCAGUGGGGAAAGAUGGUGCAGAAACAGCUUCAGGAAAUCGCGGAUGAUCCAGAGAUCGGGAAAUUCUGGGAGGCGUGCGUUAAAACUGUGGAGAGUACUGACGCCAGUGUCUGGACGGAUCCACCUGAGGAACCCUGGUCGACAAUCAUUCAUUCUGACUGCUGGGCAAAUAAUAUUUUGUUUCACAAGCCGGAUGGCUCUGAUGAGCCUGAUGACAUCAAGUUUGUGGAUUAUCAGAAUUACUUGUUCCUCAGUCCUGCCAGGGAACUCACCUUUUUCCUUGGCUCGGGCCUUGAUGCUGACACUGUUCCACAUGCUCAUGAACUUAUUGAUUAUUAUUACGAUGAGGUAAUCAGACGGCUGAAGGCGCUUAAUUGUAAGGUGGAGAUGUACUCGCCCGAGAGCUUUCGGGAGAUGGUCAGGAGGGAUGGGAGAGUGGAAUUCACUCACUGCUUGUUCAUGGCUAGGCUGAUGAACCUGGAUGUUGAUGCUAACGAUCCUGAGUCUUAUGCUGUGGAAAAUCUUUUUACGAGGCCGAAUGGGAAAACGUACAAGGAGAGACUCAGGCAUGUUGUGAAAUUCUUUCAGGGAAGGGGGUGGUUAGCCCAAUGAGCCAUUUUUUUUCGGGUUUUUUAUGAUUUUAUCGGUGACAAUGAAUCUUGUAUCUGCUAUUUAGAGCAUUUAAGUGACAGAAUUGAAUGACAAAUGAUUUUAUCGAGCCUGUGUUAGUUUUCUGGUGUAAUUCAAGGACAUUUUUCUUAGUAUUGGGAACAUUUGUAUG